CUACGUAGAUCUGGCCGCAAUAUUUGCUAACAGCUGCCGCCCUUCGCCCUCGACCUCGUAUGUAUUUUCUCUUCGUAAUUAUAGUUCCUCAAAGGCCUAACUGGUUUUCUCUUUUUAGGGAAGAAGGAUAAAAUUUACAAAUUUGGGAAGUUUUUUUUUGAAACCCUAGCUUUCUAAUCGGGCGUUGAUCAAGGUUUUGUUGUUUUCCCUAUUUACUUGUUGACUUGAUCCAAAUCCUCUCAUGUCCAAUGAUUACAAGCAACACUCAUUGCUACAUUGUACUCUCCUCUUUGUCUGGAUUCUUAGUAACUUUAAGGCUGCGUUAAGUCUUUGAAAUGGCUGCAAACAGCAGAUUUGAUUAUUCUUUGAGUAGCCCUGAUGGGCCUACUUAUUCCAAUGGGCAGCGGGGAUCAUAUUCCGCUGCUACGCUAGAAAAGUUGGGAAGCUUUCGUGAAGGUUCAGAUCGUAUCCUCUCGUCACCUCCUGGCACAUCAAAGGCUAAUGCUGCGGCAUUCCAAGGAGAUAUGAUUUGCUUACUGCAGUCUCUUGCUUCAGAUCUUAAGGUCAUUACUACUGAUCAUCGCUUAAAUCGAUCAGGAGAGAUGAAAAGGGCAGUGACUAAUAUCUUUGGAACAUAUGCCAAUGAUACUUCAUCAGUGGCAUUCGGCACAAAGCCAUUAACUUCUUCCUGUUUGGAGGAGAUUAAACGCUUAAAGAAUAAUCUGCAAGACCAUGUUACCAAAGCAAGGGAUAGGGUUAAAAUUUUUGGUGAUGCUUCUUCGAAGAUUGACAAGUUCUGUCAUAUUAUCUUAAAAAAACGCUCUCGAGUUGACUCCUUUUCAGGCGAGCGAUCUACUGGAUUAAAUCAAGGAAGUAUUUCUAAGAUUGGGCCUCAGAGUCAUCUGUCUGGAUGUGUCCUUGAGGUUGGGUCUCAAAGAUUAGAAGACAAGGCCAAAAUUAGUGUACCCAACAGAAGGAUUCGAACUUCUCUUGUUGAGGCUAAUGGAACUUCCAGAACCUCUGGGCCUCUGGAGAGGGAUAAAGACAUUUUAAAAUCAACAAAUGGCAGUGCAGCUCAGGGGGAUGAGAGUGAUCGAGGAUUUUCAACGGUUGUAGAUGGUUGGGAAAGGUCAAGGAUGAAGAAAAAACGCUCAGUAAUUAAAUCAGAUGUUUCAGCAAGUUCUGGCCUUGUUAAAUCUCAAUUUGAUCGGGAAACUAAACGAGUAAUGCAGCAAAAGCUUGGCAGUGAUGUUCGACCAAAACUUAAUUAUUCACAUAGCUUCAGGUCAGCAUCCAAUACUAAUACAACCCUUGCUGGAAAGAUAGAUUCAAGUGCUCAACAAAAUGCUACCAGCGUACGUUCAAGGAAUGAACAAAAUCACGUUUCAGUCCCUAAUGACAGAAGAGAUGCUCGAUUUUGUCCUGAUACUGAAAGCCCCUCUCUGAGAGUUAUUAGCAAGCUUAACAGCCGAGAAGAUACUUGUGUUGCAAGUACCACAUUGCCAAAAUUUGGAUCUGCUCGAGGACCGCGCUCCAAUUCGGGUUCACUGUCCAAAACUUCUCCUAACAUCCAUCGAGUGGUGGGAAAUCCUGAGGACAUGGAGCCGCCUCAAACUCUUGGUGUUGUCAAUAGGAAAAGAUCAGCUUCUAUAAGGUCCUCAUCACCUCCUGUAGGCCAGUGGGCUGUACAAAGGCCACAAAAAAUGUCCCGUUCUUCGAGAAGGUCGAGUUUGUCCCCUCUUAUUUCAAGCCAUGAUGAGUUGUCUAUAUCAGAGACUGCAGAAGAUGCAUUGAUCAAUCAUGAUGAUUUGGCGGGGACAAGACGUGAAUCUUCGAAUGCUUCCCAGCAUAAUAAAAUGAGAGGGGAUAAUUUUGCACCAGCUUCGUUGUCAGAAAGUGAAGAAUCCGGUGUGCAAGAAAACAAGCUUAAAGAUAAGGUUAAGAAACGCAUGGAUAUAAAAGGUAAACCUGUUCAAGCUGUUCAGAAGUUUACAAAUCUUAUCAUGCCAUCAAGGAAGAAUGGGAUGGCUGUUGAAGAAGAUUGCGGGGAUGUUGAUCGUAGGCAAGGGAGAAUAAGGCGAGGAUUUGCUCCUGUAAGGUCUGGUAUGCCUGCAGCUAUUGAAAAACUUAGUGAUGUUGUCACUACAAAACAGCAGAGGAGUGCUAGACAUGGAUCGGAGAGAGUUGAAAGUAAACCAGGUCGUCCGCCUAUUAAGAAGUUGUCUGAACGAAAGAGUUAUGCACGACCGAGGCAAUUGAUAAGCAGUUCAUCAAUGGAGUUUUCUGAUGAAGUUGCUGAUGAUCAUGAAGAGCUUGUGGCUGCUGCAACUGCUGCCCUUGAUACUGGACGGAUAUGUUUCGGUUCAUUCUGGAACCAGGUAGAACCUGUCUUUAGUUUUGUUUCCACGGAAGACACAACUUUCUUGCGUGAACAGAUUGAUAAGGAACAUGUUGUAAUGCCAUCAGCAGCAGUUGUUGCCAACAGGUGCGAAAGCAAUGCCUUCUCUAAUGGAGUUAACUUUUAUGGAUGUGAGAGAGAAACAGUAUUUACCAAGCAGACAACGAAAUCAGACCAUCUUCUAGAACAAUUUAUGCCGCAGUGCGUGUCAUACUCUGGAAUUUCGAUUUGUCAGGCACUUAUUUCUGCUAUAAUUGAAGAAGAUGACAUGGAUAAUCUUUACAACACCGGUGAUUGCGCGGAAGCAUAUUCAUGUAAUGAUUUAUAUGCCGCACGUUUUGAGCUUGACAAAGACUUGGAAACAAAAGGUUUGAACUUGCAUCUGCUGGAAGACUGCCAAACCACUGGAAGAAAUUUAGAUUAUUAUAAAGUUGAUCCUAAUCGGAGAUUCCAUGAUGAAAUUUCACGGGAGAGUUUGGGAACAAAUGGAAUACCUGAAACAGUUAAUAGACCAUUAUCAAGUCCUCACCAAGCCUUGAAUCAAUUGGCACCAAAUCAGACAACGCCAUUUAGCACAUAUUGUUCUGAAUUUCUAUACAACCAGAUGAGCUUCAAUGACAGACUUAUUCUAGAGCUGAGUGAAAUUGGGCUUUACCCAGAACCUGUGCCUGAUUUGACUUAUGGAGAAGGGGAAGAUAUCACUAAAGGCAUCCACAUACUAGAGGAGAAGCUCCAUGAGCAGGCUUCUAAUCGGAAAAACCUGCUCCGUAAGCUAGAGAAGGGUGUUAUGGAUGCCAAUGAACUUCAACAGAGGAAUUUAGAGCGUUUGGCAAUGGAUUGUCUUGUACUGAUGGCAUAUGACAGAUAUAUGUCUUGCUGGGGUCCUAGUGCUUCUGGAAGCAAGAAUGUGAACAAAUUUGCAAAACAUGCUGCCCUGGCUUUCAUCAAACGAACAUUAACAAGAUGUAAGAAGUUUGAAGAAACGGGUAUUAGUUGCUUUCAUGAGCCUGUUUUCAGGGACAUCUUCCUUUCUGCAUCUUCUCAUAGUGGCCAUUUGAACGUUACAGACCUUCCUGCUGAUGCCUCACAGAUUGCCAGAGGGGUGGAUGCUCAUGCUAAAUCUUCCAAUGCUGCACCAUCAAUAAAUCCUCCUAUAGAACAUCCAUUCAGCAACGAAGAAACCUGGUCAAAUCACAUUAAAAAGAAGGAAGUGUUGCUUGAUGAUGUUGUUGGCAAUACAUCUGGUCCUUCGUCGCGAACUUCACCAGGUCUUGGAAGUUCUUUAGCGAGCGGCGCAAAAGGAAAGCGAAGCGAGAGAGACCGGGACGGUAAGGGAUACAACAGAGACUCAGCCUUCAAGAAUUCCACCGCCAAGAUCGGUAGGCCUUCGACGUCCAUCUCGAAGGGGGAAAGGAAGAACAAAACAAAGCCAAAGGUCAAGACAACACAAUUAUCUGCUUCAGUCAAUGUUCUUCAUAGCAAGACUCCUGAUAUAUCAGGCAGAGCAGGAUCAGGAACUAGUAGAGAUGUUAAGCAGAAAGAGGAUUUGAACUUGAAAUCAGCCAAUGAAAAUGAUCCUAUUGACUUGAGUCACCUUCAAAUUCCUGAUAUGGAUGUUGUUGAUUUUGGUGGUCAAGGUCAAGAUAUUGCUUCAUGGUUAAAUUUUGAGGAAGAAGGAACACAUGAUCAGGAAGAUUUCAUGGGGCUUGAAAUUCCUAUGGAUGAUCUCUCUGAAGUUCACAUAAUGAUAUGAGAUUCAGGAAAGCUUGUACAGUUUCUGUUCAAUAGGCAGUUCCUUAACCAUACUGGCACUGGCAGCUUAAAAACCUGUGAGUUGUCUAUAGAUUCUUUUAGGGUCCCUUAAAUGGCCUACUUAACAGUGACAAGGACUUUUCUUUUGACCUUUUAGCUUUCUUUCAUCCAUACCAUAGAUGGAUCUUGACUGUAAAUAUCUUUUGAUCUUUUGUAAAGGCAGGCCUUAAUAGCCCAAGCUUUGUUUAUCCUGCUUUUGACAUCUACAUAGCAGGCUGCUUUGCCAAUUGUAUAUACAUUUAUAUCUUAAUAAAAGUGCCAUUUCCCUUUUAUUA